CCUGUGAGAUCACUUUACUGUCCCAGAAUCUCCACUGCAAAAUUGCGAAGUUGGCACCAUGGCCUCUGAGCACGACAACUGUCACCUGUGUAAGGAGUACCUCAGGGAUCCUGUGUCGAUCCCCUGCGGUCACGUCUUCUGCUCCAUAUGUCUGAAGACGUACUGGGACCACGCCGACCACACGGGCAGCUACAUGUGCCCGCAGUGCCGGGUGACUUACAACAAAAGGCCGACGCCCAGACGCGUCGGAGGCUCCCGGCACUCCACUCUGCAACGCAACUCGGAACCCUUCCCGCCGCCGCCUCCGUCGCCCGACUACAAUGUGGCGGGGCCGCAGGAUGUGGGCUGUGACAUCUGUGUGGGCAAGAAGAACAAAGCUGUGAAGACCUGCUUGAUGUGCUUGGCCUCCUACUGCGAGAGGCAUCUCAAACCUCAUUACGAGUCGGCCACUUUUAAAAGGCACAAGCUGGUGGAUGAGAUCGGACAUCUGGACCGGCAGAUCUGUCCUCAGCACCAGAAAGGUCUGGAACUCUUCUGUCGCACAGACCAGAUGUGCAUCUGUGUGCUGUGUACCGUGAAGGAACACAAAGGUCACGACAUGGUGUCUGCUGAGCAGGAGAGGGCUGAUGAACAGCAACGACUUGGCGCUACUCAGGCUGAGAUCCAGGAAAAGAUUCACGAUCGCCUCAAACAGAUGGAAGAACUGAAACUAGCAGUAGACGCGCUAAAGACGUCAGCCCAGAGAGCGCUGCAGGAAUGUGACAAGAUGUUUGGCGACAUGAUGCGCUCCAUAGAGAGGAUGCAGCAGGAGAUGGCCAAGCUGAUGUCCUCCAAUAAGCGGGCGGCGCUCAACAGCGCCGAGGGUCACAUGGAGCGUCUCAACCACGAGAUCUCGGACCUGAAGAGGAGAGACAACGAGAUCACUCAGCUGUCCCGCACCGAGGACCACAUCCACUUCAUCCAGAGUUACCACAUGCUGAUCGCCCAGACGGAGAAUGAGGAGUUGCCCACAGUGAUAGUGAACCCUUAUUUCACAUUUGAUCCCGUCAACAAGGCCGUGUCAGAAAUGAAACAACACCUCAAUGAAUUCGGCAAUGAGGAAAUGGUCAAAGUGGCCAAAACGGUCAACAAAAUGACCUUCUGCCAACUGGAGGACGGCAAGAAGAAGCGUUCGUUCAAAGCGGAGGAAGCCCCCAUGUACAGAUCUGUGCACGUGCAUGAACCUCAGCACAGAGAUGACUUCCUGAAAUAUGCUUGCCAGCUCACCCUGGACCCAAACACAGCCUACAGGCAGCUCCACCUGUCCCGGGGUAACAGGAAAGCGACCCUGAAGCGAGACCCUCAGAGUUACGGUGACAACACCUCCAGGUUUGACUCCUUGCCUCAGGUGCUGUGCAUGGAGGCCCUGUCAGGCGGCGCCUACUACUGGGAGGUGGACUGGAGUGGGGAGGGGGCUGCCAUCGGCGUCACUUACAGAGGCAUCAAGAGGACGGGGUACGGAGACAGCUGCCGUAUCGGCUACAACCGCAAGUCUUGGAGCCUCUUCUGCUCGGACGCCAGCUACUCAGCGCGCCACAACAAGGACCAGAUUGAAGUCAACGCCCCCUACUCUUCUAGAAUCGGGGUCUUCCUGGACCACGCCGGAGGAACACUUUCUUUCUACUCCAUCGGAGAAAGCAUGUCUCUCAUUCACCGCUUCAAGGCUUCUUUUAGUGAGGCUGUCUAUCCGGGAUUCUGGGUUUGGUACGAGUCUGCCAUCACGCUCAUACAGCUUUGAUAAACAGGAAA